GUUUUGUUAGUGAGAGCUUAUUGAUUGUUUCUUCAUCAUGACCAUCAUCUCUCUGCUCCUGCUGGCCUCUCUGCUGCCACACCUGACCUUCACUGCUCAUGUGGAUGUGGGUAUUGUGAACGGCAAAGAAGCAAAACCCCACUCCAGACCUUACAUGGUGUCUCUUCAGAUAAAUGGACACCAUCACUGCUGUGGAUUCCUCAUCUCUGAUGAGUUUGUAAUGACUGCUGCUCAUUGUCAAAAAAAUCAGGUAAUGACAGCUGUAGUUGGUGCACAUGACCUAAAAAAUAAGAAUGAGGGGUCUGUCUGCAUCGGAGUGAAGUCCUACCACAAGCAUCCAGACUAUAGCAAUGAAUCGAACUUGAAUGACAUUAUGCUUUUGAGGCUAGAGGAAAAGGUCAAACUAAGCACAAAUGUUAACUUGAUAUUAAUUAAGAACAAAGAAGAAAUCAAAUGUACUGUCUGUAGUGUUGCUGGCUGGGGAAAACGGCAGAUUAAAGGCUCAGCGAAUGAUCGUCUAAUGGAGGCAAAUGUGACCAUAAUAAAAAACCAACAAUGUAAAGAAAAAUGGAAAGGAAGUGAGAAAUAUUCACUCUCAAAGAUGAUGUGUGCAUAUGGCCAUGGUGGAUCCUGCAAAGGGGAUUCUGGGGGUCCUUUGGUUUGUGGAAACACUGCAGUUGGUGUCAUGUCAUUCGGUGACCGUGAACGCUGUAAUUCACCUGAGUAUCCUAAUGUGUAUACUAAGAUUUCAGCAUAUUUUCCAUGGAUCCGCAAAAUAAUCAAAAGUUAAAUGUUAAGUGACUAAUAAAUAUUUCAAUAAAAGGUUCACAUGGCAAGCAUCAAUCAUUCAAAGUGUGCUCAUUGUCACAACCACAUCUAA